CACCGUUCCAACAUCUUUAGAGCAAGUUUCAUAGAGUGUAACCCGUUCCUUAUUCAACGCCAAUCAUGAUACCUACUAGAUGCAUCCGAUUAAGUGAUCAAAAGUCCAUUAGCUUACCCAUGCUGGGGCUUGGCACUUACAAAAUAUCUGGCACAGAUGGAAAGGAAGCCAUCAAGCAGGCCAUCGAUGUGGGCUACCGAAUGUUUGACACGGCUGUAGCGUAUGGCAAUGAAGCGAUUGUUGGUGAAGCUAUCCGUGACGCGCUUCGCGAACACAGCCAUUUGACACGUGAAGAUUUUUUCGUCAUCUCCAAACUAUGCGGAACGCAGCAUCGGUUUGAUCUGGUUGAAAAUUGCUGUCGCACGUCGGUGGAAAAACUAGGUUUAGAUUAUAUCGAUCUUUACUUGAUGCACACACCUGUUGCUCUACGGUGCACGGAAAACAGCUUGACCAAGGGAUCGGUACAGAACUCCUUCGACGACACUAUCAGCCCAACGGAAGCGUGGUUUGGAUUGGAACAAUGCUAUCAGGAAGGAAUUUGCCGUUCAAUAGGCGUCUCCAACUUCAACGAACAGCAGCUAAAUACUCUCCUGCAGGAGGGAUCGGUAUUGCCGGCAGUAAAUCAGGUUGAAUGUUCGGUUGGUUUCAAUCAAAAAUCAUUGCGCCAAUUUUGCGAACACCAACAAGUGCUCGUUAUGGGAUACUCUCCGCUGGGAAAACAAAAGCUUUCGUUCUUAUCCAAUCAAAGUGUAAACGAAAUAGCCCUGUCGGUUGGUAAAACUCCUGCUCAAGUCUGUUUGAGAUAUCUCAUCGAUGGCGGCGUUGUUCCGAUAGUAAAAUCUAGCAACCGUUCCCGUCAGCAAGAAAAUAUGGAUGUUUUCGAUUUCGUGCUCACCGCACAGCAGCUGAAAGUAUUAGAUGCCAUUGCAGGACAGGAACGGGCAUGCAACAUGCAUCAUUUAUCAGCGGCCAAACAUUUUCCCUUCACCGAUGGCGCUUAAAACCUCGUGCAGCUAGCACAUGGCAGUAUAUAUACAUUCGAAAAAUGCACCGAUACCUCUUGACGGGCCCUGUAAUGAAAGAAAAUUUAUACAAAUAAAACCCCUUUUUCGCAAAACGCA